AUGCAAACACAAGUACAUGAGGGGUUGUGUGAAAAUUAUUUUUCUCUUGCUGAACUACAAAGGCAUAGAAUCAAAUUGCUUCUUUUAAACACACUGGUUUUCUUUCUUUCUUUUUUUCUUCUCUUUUUCCUAUUUCUUGUGGAUAUUAUGGCUAAUAACACAACAAGUUUAGGAAGUCCAUGGCCAGAAAACUUUUGGGAGGACCUUAUCAUAUCCUUCACCGUGUCCAUGGCAAUUGGGUUAGUAAUUGGAGGAUUUAUUUGGGCUCUGUUCGUUUGUCUGUCUCGAAGAAGAGCCAGUGCUCCCAUCUCACAAUGGAGUUCCAGCAGGAGAGCUAGGUCUUCUUACACUCACGGCCUCAAUAGAACUGGAUUUUACCGCCACAGCGGCUGUGAACGUCGAAGCAACCUCAGCCUGGCCAGUCUCACUUUCCAGCGACAAGCUUCCCUGGAACAAGCAAAUUCCUUUCCAAGAAAAUUAAGCUUCAGGGCUUCUACUUUCCAUCCCUUUCUGCAAUGUCCACCACUUCCUGUGGAAACUGAAAGUCACCUGGUGACUCUGCCCUCUUCCAACACGUCUCCCAGCAUCAAUACUUCCCACAGUCUGAGCCGUCCUGAUUUCCACUGGUCCAGUAACAGUCUUCGAGUUGGCCUGCCCACACCGCCCCCACCUGCCUAUGAGUCCAUCAUAAAGGCAUUCCCAGAUUCCUGAGUAGUGUGCUUGUGGUUUUUCUUUCUUUCUUGUCUUUUAUUGAAAGGAAAUCAUAAAUAGGCUAAAUAGAAUUUUGAGGGCAUGGCUCAAACAACUAAUGAAUUUCCAAGUUUAAAUAUUCUCAUACAAGUUGGACAUUACAAUGUAAAGCAAAUUCUUUGAAUAUAUUUUUUUCUUAUGUCUCAAAAAUGUAAUAUUUUCCCAAUUAAUUAUAUAUUUAUGUAUUUUGUACUCAAUGUGAGGCUUAUCAAAGAUAAUGAUUCUAAUCUAAGAAUUAGCUAUGAUGCAGUAUACAUAUAUUUGUUUAAAAUAAACAUUUUGACAUUCAUGGUUUACAGUCCUCAUUCACCUUCCAACGUGACUAUAAAGAGAAGAAAAUCACUGUCCCUUAAAAAAAUAUUCUAACUUCACUUUCUUUAGGAUGCCAAGUGAACCAUGUCUACAUUUUACAAUCUUGGAUUAUAUGAGUACAAAAUGACAGAACCUAGGAGAUUCUAAAGUUCCUUGAUUCCACUCAUGAGAAGUGUGGAGAUCAAUCAAUCAAAGGAAGCUGAACUCUGUUGUGGCAUAGGAUGUCUUAUUUUUGACAGUUAUUUUUUUUUCCCAGACAGAUUCUUUUUGUGCUUUUCCUAAGAAUAGUUAUUCACAUCAUUGGGACAAAAUUCUUGGAUUUACUGACAUGAUGAUUUAACUUUUCUUCACUAUUUUUGCUAUGUUGUUAGAGAAGCAACAGCAACAGAGAAAAUUCAUUUGACAUAAGAACAAACUUUGAGUUUAACACCAAGCUCACAUUUUUCUUAAGGGAUAAAUUUUUUUUCUGAGAGUUAGAUCUGGUAACUGGGAAAGUGCUUUAUCUGGGGAUCCUCUCAUGUAACUUCACAGACAAAUAAGUAUGAGUCAUUGGAUAGAUACUUUGUUAUUGAAAUGGAUGUUACACCCAUGAAGAAUAAUUCUUCCUGGAUGGACUCUUAAUCAUCAGGCAUCAUCAUCCCUUUUUGCUCCUCUGUGCAUUUCAAUCCCAACUUCUCUGAAGAGUCUUUGUACAAUGACUGAACCAUGCCAUAUAAUUGUUGGUGCAGACAGUUAUCUCAGGAGUCCACUUCUACAGGUGGCUGCCCUUGUGAGGGAAGAUACAUCCCUAAAUGUGGGCACCAGAGACCUUCAGUGGCCAAAUGUGUGUGGCUGAACUUUCCAUUUAAGGACAUGAGUUCACUGGAGUAUGACUCAAAAGCCUGUGGUUCAUUUCUAGUAUAGUGAAUAUUUAGCUUAUGUUGCUGUUUGUUUGUUUCUUUGUAUAUUGGGAUUUUCAUUUAAAAAAAUGUACUCUCAUUUUAGUUUUCACAUUGCAAUGGUCACAGCUAAUAGUGUCUGAAUAUGGGUCAAGAAUGUAAAAAUUUUUAUAUGCAAUUCCAUAUAGCAGUUUUCCCUAUUAUUUUUACUUACAUUAUCCCUCCUUCCUCAAGGACAGUUAAUCUCCAUAAUGUCUACAGAUAGAUGUUCUCUAAUUAAAUAUGCCAGAAGAAAGAAAAAAAAAAAAAGAAAGAGAGGAAGAAGGAAA